CAAACCUGGUAGACAGAGAAUCCUUACCACAGAGUUAUCUUGUCAUUCAGGUCCGCCCGCACAGGGAAAGGAUUGAUCACGUGAGCGUUUGGCAAGGUCUGCGGGUCCAGUUCAGGGAGAACCUCGUGUUCCGUGGAGCUCCAGCGAGGAAGAGACUUGGCGUCAGUGAACUCGGGCCGCGCACCCAGCAAAUCAGCCAUCACAGUACCAGCUACUAGCUCUGAACACAAGCACCGCUCUUUUCUUCAACAAGAGAGGUCACCUGACGCAAUGACGUCACUAAAAGAAGGUGCACGUUAAUUAGAGCUAUACGCACGUGUGGAUUUCUCUGAGUUGCUGGAGAUGAGUAGCUACAAGAGUGGGUUUGGGAAUGGAGGAGUGGAUUACGGGGCAUCUCAGGAGAAGGGGCGGGUUAUGGAGCAAGUGCGGAGUCAGAUUGCAGUUGCUAACCUGCAAGAGAUGAUAAUGAAAAUGUCAGACAAGUGUUUCAGAAAGUGUGUAACAUCACCUAGUACCAGUCUUGAGAGCCGUGAACAGAAGUGUCUGGGUACCUGCAUGGACCGGUACAUGGAGACAUGGAACAUCGUAUCUCGAGCGUAUUCUGACAAACUGCGCAAGGACAGCGGACAGCACUAGCCACAACACUGUAUAAUACUGUUGUAUUGUGUGUCGAUGUAUACAUGUUCAAUUCUCCUGCACUAUGUGGUCUUCCUAUCAUGAGCACGGUGUCCUCUCCUGCUGUCCUCAUUCUUUAUAAACUCUUGCACAUCAUCAGUGAGUUUGAGAGGUGGGAUGACCACGCCCACAGCUGUUUCCACUUUCGGAGUGACCAUCUGGCGAUGAACCACCUGUACAUAUGACAUCAUAUGAAUUACACAACUGUUCUAUAGUACAUGUAAUGACUAA